AUGCGUGCGCACGACUCAUUUGCCGCCGCUGUGAAUAUCCUGGCAUUAAGAGAGAAACUACGGAUUCACAUCUUCACGCUCAUAAAAACCUUAAGAGGAGUGAUUUGGAGAAGCGUCAUGAGCAAUUGGAAACAUCUAGCUGAACUCUACUUCGGAAUAAAAAUCGCCACGCAAAAGAAGGAACUGGAUCGUACUAGCAGGAUCUCGGAAGUUACAUCCGAGACGAAUGAUACUGUCAUUGGUGCCGAGGCAAGCAUUGAGGAAAUCAAUCAGGUUGAAGGCGUUGCCGAGUACCUCUUCCAAGGAGACAUCAAUCUUACAGAGUAA